AUGGAGUCCGUUUCGACAGCCCGCAUUUCCGGAAACAUGAUCGCCAACUAUGUUGGCCAGAACGUCAUGGUCGUAGGCAAGGUCACCCAGCUCCGCGGUGAGACUGCCACCAUUGAUGCCAACGGCCAAGUUCAUGCCCUGCUUAGCCGAGACAGCCAUCUCAUGGCAGGUAACGGCGCUCAGAUCAUUGGCAAGGUGCUGCCCGAUCUGAGUAUCAAAGUACUCCAAGCCAUGGAUCUGGGCAACAACGUCGGUAUGUACAACAAGGGCGGUGUUACCGCCUCUGCGAUUCAGCUCAAUACGCCCCUCUCUUUGCCUGAAUGA